AUGCCCUACCGUGCUUCACUACCCUGCCUCGCUCCCCUGCUCGCCGUGGCUCCCGUGGCUGCACGUGGUUGCCAUAUCGCCCGCAGUGCCACGAACGACAAAGCGGUGAUGGGUUUGAGCGCCAUUCUUUCCCUGUCUCACUCAUCUCUCAUCUCAUUCAUCUCUUAUCUCAUUCAUCUCUUCUCUCACUCGUUCUCUCACUCGUCUCGUCCCUCAUUCAUCUCUUUCUUUCUUCUUUCUCACUCGCACACAAUCUCCCUCGAGCAAGCCAAGACGGUGGUGGUGGGUGAGGGGGGCAUGAACCCAUGGAGCGAGUGGUGCAUGCGGGUCUGGAAAAAGCCAGUGUUGCGAGUGGGGGACUCUCUUGUCUUCAAGUAG